UGGAGACGUCGGUGGCGUUGGCGGCGGUGGCGGCCCCUGGGGCCUGAGGAGGUGGUGUGGUUGCGGGCUUUACCCCUGGAACUCCUUCGGGGCUGUUUCUUGACCGGCUGCUCGGGGACGCCACUGAGCAGCGACGAAUGUGACCUUCUCCUUGGACAAUUCAAGUUCUUAAAAGUUUCAGUGUACAUCUGAGUGUGUUUGUACUUAGGUGGCAGUUUAUAUAAAGGAAGCACUGGGACUUGUGGCUACAACCUUGAAGAAUAAAAAAAUUAGAAAAUGGAACAACCAUGUGUAUUAUGUGAUGAAGAACAAGAUCCAGAACCACAGAAAAGCAUAAAAGAAACCAAACAAAUAGAUGAUGAAGAUGCUGAGCUGAUCUUUGUUGGGGUGGAACAUGUAAAUGAAGAUGCUGAGCUGAUCUUUGUUGGGGUGUCUUCAAAUUCAAAACCGGUUGUUUCAAACAUCUUGAACAGAGUUACCCCAGGUUCAUGUUCACGGAGAAAAAAGUAUGGUCGCCGAAGAAAAGAUACUGCUCAUAGAUUGCAACCUACAAGUCAUGUGACCCGUCCAUCAGAAACAGUGACUAUACUGCCAGUUUCUCAGUCUGAAUCGAGAUCAACAGAUAGUCCUAUUAUUAUUGAACCUUUGUCUAAGCCUGAUGAUAAAAGUAAUUCACCUAAAGUUGUGCCUAGUAGCUCUUCAGAGUCAUGUUCUCCUUUGGUUACGUUCACAAGUUCAUUGCAUCAUCCAGUGAAAGCAGCACUUUCAGAAGGAGGCAUGAAUGAAAGUACUUGUGUAUCAAAGCGAUGUUCCACUACUGAAGUAACUAGUAUAAAUCCCAAAAGUCCUAAACUCAGUGAUGGAAUCACAGGAGAAUGUUCUUUAACUUUGUCCCCUUCAGGUGUUUUUAAUACAGUGAAUUCUCAGCAAAGUACACCCAAUGAUGUCCAUACCUCGGUAAGCCAUGCUCAGAAUGUAGUAUCUCUUCCAACAGCUUUUCCAAAGGACAGUGUCCAUUUCAAGCCUAUAACUAUAAGUCCUGAUAGAGAAAAUGGGUUGGCAAAGACAGACUUUUCAGAUUUAGCAAGUCAGAACAAGACUUUUGAUCCCAAGAAAGGGAAUUUGAUCCUGUUACUUAGUGACUUUUACUAUGGACAACAUAAAGGAGAUGAGCAGCCAGAACAGAAAACUCACACAACCUUUAAAUGCCCCAGUUGCUUGAAAGUUCUAAAAAAUGUUAAGUUUAUGAAUCACAUGAAGCAUCAUUUGGAACUGGAGAAGCAGAGGGGUGACAGCUGGGAGACCCACACUACCUGCCAGCACUGCCACCGGCAGUUUCCCACUCCCUUCCAACUACAACGUCACAUUGAAAGUGUGCACACUAUACAGGAGCCCUCUGCUGUCUGUAAAAUCUGUGAGUUGUCGUUUGAAACAGAUCAGAUUCUCUUAGAACAUAUGAAGGACAAUCAUAAGCCUGGGGAAAUGCCCUAUGUGUGCCAGAUUUGUAAUUACAGAUCAUCAGCGUUUGCUGAUGUGGAAACGCAUUUUAGAACAUACCAUGAAAACACUAAGAAUUUGCUUUGUCCAUUUUGUCUCAAAAUUUUCAAAACUGCAACACCGUAUAUGUGUCAUUAUAGGAGGCACUGGGAAAGGGGUGUUCACCAGUGUUCUAAAUGUCGGCUACAGUUUUUAACUUUCAAGGAGAAAAUGGAGCACAAGACCCAAUGUCAUCAAAUGUUUAAGAAGCCUAAACAACUAGAAGGAUUGCCUCCUGAAACAAAAAUUGUUAUUCAAGUGUCACCAGAACCUGGUCAACCAGAAUCAGUGAAUGUAGCAUCCAUUACUCUAAGUACAACUGAUUCUGAACCAUCUCCUCCCAGGUCUAAAAGUAGAAUUUCCAAAAAACCUCAUUAAUUCUGUUUUGGGAAACCAAAAUCAAACAUUUCAGUUUGAGUGGCAUAAAAAAAAACCAUGAAAACAGAAAAUAUAAAUCAUACAUUAUUCAGUAGCACCAAAAAUAGUGAAACUAAUGAAUUGAGAUUUAAAUUCAUGAUGAUGUAGGUUUCUUUCUUUCUCUCUCUUUUUUUUUUUUUUCGUGGUGCUGGGGAUGAACCCAAGACCUAGUGGGCAUGCUCUACUACUGAGUCAAGCACCACACUCCCACCCCCUGAAGUUUGAUCUGAAUUUUAAGGUGUUAUUUAUAAUAUAUUACUUGGUUUUUAUGUUAACUAUCUGACUCAACACAUGAAAGGUGCUUGUAUAAGUAUGUUUGAAUGGAAAAAAAAGUGAAAACCUAUUUAUUUUGUUUAUAUUUUACGUUACUCCUAAGCUGGAAAGAUCUUUCUUCUAUGUACAGAAUUUGUAGAGGUUUUAAAGUAUUUAAUUUUGUUUUUAAACUUUUUCUGUGUAUUAUAUAUUUCACUGUUAACUCUAGUCAGACUGGAAUGACUUUGUUAUGGCCUGGCUCGCUUAUUCAUGAACUCUUAGAAGUGCCUCUGCCGUGUGAGUAUAAAAUAACCUGGUUCUGAAAGCCUGAGUGUGGAGUUGAAGGAGAAGCUGUGACAUGAAUGGAGGUGAAGACUUAGGUAAAGGUUAGGCAAAAGAGAGCAGUGUCCCCUUACCCAGAUGAGGGAUAGACGCAUUCCAGUCUUGGAGCCAAGGCAGGAGGAAUACUGUCUCAGAAUGUUUUUGCCUAGUGGAAGAACAAAGAACCAAAAUCAUUCUUGCAAAAUGCCUGCAUUUGGUGAAGGACCUGCAUUUAUCAAAUAGCUGCUCAGUAUCUUUAGCUUCAUAUGAAGUAGCAGCAGUAAUUAGAAUGGGAACUGGUGCCAGUUAAUUUCCUGUUGAGUGAUCUGAAGGAUAAUUCUUCAUUCUGGCUAGAGAUUAGUGAAGAAUGAAUUGUCCUUGUCCUAAGAAGCCACAGCAAUAAAGCAUAUUACAAUUCCUGAGGGAAAGAAGCACUGGUAUCCAAAGUUUGAACUGUACUGGACUCAGUUUCAGCUGAAAGGUGUGGUACAAAUGGUGACUGUCCAGUUAAUGGGCUGAGCUAAAUUUAGUUCUCCCACUGUUAAGAUGGAAUGGGGGCUUGUCCAAGAACUUGAGGUACAGUGCACAAAAAUAGCCCAGGGUGACUGAUUAAAAUUAAACCCAGUAUCGGACAUGUGUAUCUUACCAUAAUUGAGUAUGUGAAGCUUGAAAUUUUGUGUCUUGCCUUGGAAGUGAGUGUAUUACAGUUAAUAGUUUUUCUUUUGUAGUGUUUAUAAUUUCCUGACUGAUUAUACUAAUGCUGUUUGAGUCUUUCUUGAAGCAAUACUGUUUGCAAGAAAUGACUCAAACAUAUUGUCUGUCCUUAUCUGAUGGAUCCUCCUAAUAUAAUUUCUCACUGUACUAGGGAGGAACGUUUUCCUCUUGCCCUCCCCAAGGGCUCUUUCACAGAACUGUGGAGUACUCUCAGCAUCAGUUCUUAAAUGUCAGCAACAUGAGCUGCUGUGAGUUCCCAGGGUUGUCCAUCUACUUGGUCCUGUUCUAGUGUCAUCUCUCUCUUAUCCUCUGUCCCCAGUGCAGGUGCCUAGCAGCCUCUGUUUGCUAGUCAAGGAAUCUAGCAUCCUGAAUGUACACAUAGGUCUGGAAACAUCUUUUUCAUUCUUUUCUUCCCCUACUCCUUUCUUCCCUCCUCAACCUAAUUAAAUUUUUCAAAGUUUCACAAAAAGCUGGGAAGAGGUAAUCAUCAGGUCACAGUAUUCUCCUUAGAAUUGGGAAAAGAAGGACUAGAAAUAAUUAAAAAGGUGGUCAGUAGAUUUUGUUGUUUGAUUGCUCCAUGCUUGCUUGUUUGAUUAAUUCAUUUACACCUUGAACAAUUUGCGAGGUCUUUUCAGGUAGAUUGCUUGGGUCAAGGGACAUUACAAAAAUUUUUAUCCUGAACCCUUUCUUUAGGUAUAAGAAAAUGUGUGUGUGUGUGUGUGUGUGUGUGUGUGUGUGUGUGUGUGUCUUUCUGUACGACCAUCCCACUUGUUCUGGUGGAAAUUCUUACGGUUUAAAUCUGCAGACUUUUGUGUAUUGUGUUUCUAGGGUAAAAGUAAGAAAUGUUUUAGCUGUAAAUUUUAGUGAUUGCUUACUAUUAUCGGCACUGUGAACUGUUUGCUGUCUCACUAAAGCAUGCUCCUAAGGAGUACAAAUUGUCAGUUAUUGCCAACUACAGGUUCUAGUGGUCUGGCCCCUGCCUACCUCCUCCCUCUUUUGUUCUGUGAUACUUCUCUACCAUUUCCCCAAGUGAUAUGCUAUUUUGAUAUAAUGGCCUUGUUAUUCCUUAAGCAAAUCACAUUUUUUCCUGAUUUACAGGCUGCACAUGCUAUUCUCUUAGAAUGCUUUUGCCCUAGGCCUGCAUGGCUUGCUACCUCACUGAGCUGUUCAACACUUUCUUUGGUUCUUAGAACAACUAGAAAUCUCCCCCACUUUUUUUUUUUAAACCUAAUUCCUUCUCCUUAAAGGCACUUUACCCCCCACCCCACUGCUUUCUUCCCUCUUUAAUCUAGUUAAAUUUCCUAGAUUUUCACAAAAAAACUGAGAAGGAAUCAUUAAGGGCUUUGCUUCUCUUUUAGAAUUGAGCUAGCUUGAAUCAAUUUCUGUGCCUGCAACCAAAAGAAAAUAGAGUGAAUUGAGUCGAAGGAAGCUUUCUCUGUUUUUCUAUUGAUAGCUUUAUAUUUUUUUAAGGCAAUGUCACUUUGUUUUAUUUACAAAUAUAUUUAAUAUGUGUCCAGAUUACUAUUUUAUUAUUAUCAUUUUGUGAAUUUCCUUGUCUAUUUUGCUUGCUUGUUCUUUCAGAUGGAAUUUAUUAUUAUAUUAAUGUUGCCAAAAAUUGUAAGUAAAAUAGCAAUUAUAAUAAUAAAAUGUUUUGUGAAAGAAUGUUUUUUGCUAUAUUGUCUUUCCACCAAUAUGCUUUUAUUUUUAUUUGGUUUUUAUUUGGUACCUCCUGCCAAUUGUGGUGUUAUCAUAUUUCUUGGGUCAGCAUUUCUAAACGAUAAUGUGUAUGAUGGAG